GAGUCGACGAAGCUGCAAGGAAACGAGCUUAAAAAGCCCACAUAUAUUCCUCGUGCUUCUUUAAACCGUCAAAACCAAGUUUUAUUCAAAAAAAAAAAAAAAGAAUAACUCUCUUUCUCUCGAUACAAAUUUGUCGCUAAAUGCAAGAAUAGAGGACGAUCUUUUUACGAUAACUUUUGUUUUGGAUUGGGAUUUCCGUUUCUGAUUCGGUGGAGAAUUAUGGCUGGUUCGCCUGAGUUCGUUGGUCUUUCCGGUCAGAAAACGGCGAGGUUAUCGGAGAAGAAUAGCUUCUCCCAGAAGUGUAGUUUGUUGAGUCAGUAUUUGAAAGAGAAAGGCAGUUUUGGAGAUCUUAGUCUCGGCAUCACAUGCAACAACAGCAACAACAACGCUGAUGCAAAAAUUAAUACUGGAAAUGGAAACGGUGCAUCUGACAUGAUCAAACAAACAACAACGAUGAAUUUGUUUCCGAUGAGUGAGAAACACGUUGAUGUUCCUAACAGAAACAUGGUUACUAAUUGUAGAUCCAUGGACUUAUUCCCUCAACAAUCUGGUUUUGUUACUACUACUCCUGAACCUAAGGAAGAUAUGCAAAAGAGGGCUGAUUCAAGUGUUCACAAGCCUGCAAGCCCAGAGUCUCAAAAUGCACAAUUGACUAUUUUCUACGCUGGACAAGUGAUCGUGUUUAAUGAUUUUCCAGCUGACAAGGCUAAGGAAGUUAUGCUCUUAGCUACCAAGGGAAAUUCCCUUAAUAGGUUUCCUUCUGUUCCAGUCAAGAGUCAUCCUCCUGCUUUUGCCCCCAGUGUAUCUAAAGCCCCUGCUGAGUCCAACAGUUCACUAUCUUCUGCCUCCAAUGCUGUUCUUAACUUUAGCAACAAUUUGAUUCAGGAGCGCAAGCUAACUCCUCCUCCAACAAUUGGAAGUGAUCUGCCAAUUGCAAGGAGAGCUUCCCUUCACCGGUUUUUGGAGAAGAGAAAAGAAAGGAUUACUGCAAGUGCUCCCUACCAAACAAGUGGCUUGCCGGCCAUUCCUCCAAAACCAGCAGCUGAAAGCAAGUCAUGGCUCGGCCUGGCUGCUCAAUCUUCACACUAGCUUCAUUGCUAAUUAUAUUCAUUUUUAGUUUCUUAUUACAAUUUAGGCCUGUUAUGUCAUUUGUUUUAGGCUCCUCUUUAUAUAUAUAUAUAUAUAUAUAUCUUUUAUAAUCUUGGUAUUUUUGGCGGGUGAAAUCCUGCUGUAUCUCUUAGCUCUCAUUUUGGUUGUUUAAAGCCGAGGCUUUUCACCAUAGUUCUAACUUUUUUUUUUUAUAUCAAUCUUACUGUAUUAGUUUUUGUAAUCAUCUCUAGUGAUUAUGUUAAAAGAUUAUUAAUCA